AUGGGCUUGAUGGACGGGGCGGGCCUGCGGGCCUCCUUGGUGAGCUUCGGGGCGGUGAUGAAUGCGUGUGCCAAGGCAGGCCAAGCACUGAAAGCAGCGCAAUGGCACCGCACCCUGGUGAGGACUGGCUUCUCCCCCAACGCUUGCACGUUCACAGCCCUCAUCAAGGCGUUUGACAAGGCCGGGGACGUCGAGGGCGCGUUCCGUGCCAUGCAGUCAAUGGAAGCAGCGGGAGUGACUGCCGACGCUUCGACCUACAGCUGCCUCCUACACGCCUGCGCAAAGCAAGGGCAAGUAGAGCGGGCGAAAAAGGUCUUCGAUCUCAUGCAGGAGCACCACAUCCAGCCAAAUGCCGUAUCCUACAACGUCCUCGCACUAGCCUUCGCCAAGCAAGGCAUGUGGCGCGAAGCUGAGCUCCUAGGCGAACAGUUGGAGCAGCAAGGGCUUUGGAUGAACCAGUGGUUCCUCUACGCUCUGCUGCUGUCAUACGCAGCUGCGCAGCCCAAGCAGGCAGCUAAGGCAGAAGCAGCAUUUGUUCGCGUCAUGAAGACAGGACAAGUCAGAACCAACAAGCACAUAGUACAGGGACUCCAGCGUGCAGUCGGGCGCUCUCGCGCUGGGCUUCUACUUCGAGCCACGUACGCUGAUCUAUAG